AUGAACUUCAAUCGAUCGGCGACCUUCAGAAGCAAGCGAAAGGUUUCCAAUUGGGGCCAUGCUGACUCUCACGGUGCAUCCUUCGGACAUGCUGUCGGAAGCCUACGAGUUGGCGCAGAUCCACUGGCCUUUCGCAGACCUGCACCGCUCGGGAUGUCCGGGUCUCGGCACAAGGCAAGCCUGGCGUUGAUUUUCCUCUCUGAGGUGGUCUUACUCGCCUGGCACUCCAUUGGAUUGGCAGUCGGCAACAGCUUGGCCGGCUCCUUCUUCCAACAGGCGCCGUGCCUGAAGGGGGCCCACGAGAUGGCGCACUGCUUGAUGCUUCUUGUCCUAACCUUCGCAGGCAUCCGCAAAAGCAAUGCUGCUCAUGGGUCUGACGGCGAGUCUGACUUUCUCUCUGGCAUUUGGCCUGCAGGAGAUUUCAGGGAGAGCCCUCGGGACUUGUUUCCGGGCUUUCGUCCAGGCGGUUUUUUUGCAUGGAAGGAGAGCCCGGGAGUAUUCAUCACGGCGGCCGGGACCUUGCGCAGCAGCAUGCAGCAGCACAACUCUGCAAGUUGCAUGAACCUUUCCCCGUAUACUCACUUUGUCACAGCCCAAUUCGUUGCUGACUUCAGGUCCUCCGUUUGGGGUCUGGAGUCGCUGCAGCGCGCAGCAGUCCGGUUUGAAACUUGCUGUUUGCUGCGAUUUGCUGUGAUUCUCGCGGUUUACAUGCUGGGGAAGCCGAUCCUGCGCUGUGGAUUUCCGAGCCCAACUGAUGCCAUGUCAGCCAGGCUUCCUCUCGUGGAUGAGUUCUCUCCGCCAGAAGGGCAUGGUCAAUGGAUGUCCAUCGUACAGACGGGCGUCCCGAUUGGGCAGUUCUGCGGUGUCCUCGCGGGCGCGGUGGCAGAAGAUCAGCGAAGCUGGCGAACUGCCCUGCUGGGCCAGGCACGACCGCCGGGAAGUGUGCUACUGCGAUUAGCGAUCAUUCCUGCGCAGCAGAUUGAUGCGGCCAAUCAGUCGCUGACCGCCCGGUUGGAUUCUUUGGCUUUGCAUUCGCCGGAUGCACAGCUUGGGCGAUUGCAGAACUUAAUGCGGGAGCUGCGAGAGAUGCUUCAAGGUGUGAACAGGAAUCCUCUGACCCUGUCACUCUCGAGCGUGCUCUGCCUUCUCCACGCCACGGGUGCGGGUCUUGCUCUCUGGACAGCCCCGUAUCUGGCACUUAGUGAUGGGGCGCCGUCGCCCCUGGUGUCCUUGAUGUUGUCUGCCUUGAUCCUUUCCUGCUGCCCUGCGGCUGGAACUUACAUUGGGGCAAUCGCCUGCUAUCGAGUGGAUGGCUUUAAGGCUGGAAUGCAUGCGGUGGCCCUUCGUGUCGCCUGCGCAUUUGCUGCGCUGGCGGCGCUCUGCGCUCCAUUGAACAGCGCAUCUUCAAGCUUUAUCCUCCGCCUCUUUCUGGUGGCAUGUUGGCUUUUCAGUGCAGGUGCUUUGCUGCCAAUCUCGGCGGGCCUGCUAAUGACCUCCAUGCCAUCGUACCUUAGAUCGUUCUCGUCGGCAUCUACUGUUCUGGUUCUGCACGUUAUCAGCUUCUCUGUGAUGCCGGGUGUUGCUGCAGUGCUCAUGGGCUGCUUCAUACGCCCUGAAAAGCACAAGCCCAUCGGACGACAAGAAUACCUGCAGCUGACGAUCUCGGAUGUAGCCUCCUAUGAAGAAGGUGCGAGUGUCACAUCGGACAUCACAGGGCCGUCCGGAUCCUUCCGAUGCCGCUUAAGGGUUUUUCCGCAAGGGACUGCGGGUACGGAAAGCUCCGUGUCAAAUGCACUGGCAGCAUUCGUGGAAAUCAUUCCUCCGCCUUCCGCCGUGAAAGAGUCGUGCUGGGUGUGCAAAGAUGUCGAGUUCGGCAUCGCUGUCCGCAGAAACGUUGAGAGCCACGCUGCGGAACUUUCCAAGACAGAUAUCUUCAGCUUUGACCAGGAUCAGGAAGACCGGGGCUGGCAUGACCUCAUCCGUUGGAAUGACAACAAGUGGACUGCGACCACCAGCAUCAACAUAUGUGCGGAGGUCAGAGGCCUUCCUGUGGCAGAUGCACUUAUAUCGCACUUGCAAGGGGUAUCUUUCGAAGAUCAGCUGCAGCCUGUGUCUUUUCACCUGUCUGCGUGCACGCUCUUCUUUGAUCAACGACUGCUUGUGGCCAGGUCAGACUACUUUCGCGAGAUGUUUGCACAGUCAAAGUGGAUAGAGGGUCAGACCAAAGAAGUGGAUCUUCGCUCAGAUCCGCUGGCAACAAAAGCAGCGAUGAGUGCAAUACUGCGCUAUAUCGUCUCGGGCUCCUUCCGUGCCGAUGGAGACGUGGACUUCGCAUUUGCGGUGCGUUUCCUGGCAGACAGGUACUGCUUGAAGGAGCUUGUUCAGCUGGCCGAGUCUGAGUUGUGCGCAAUGCUUUGCCCGGAAAACGCCUUGAGCUUCUUGGGACGUUUGAGUGCUUUAAAGAGCUCCAAUUGUCUAGAGCCGGCAUGCUGGAAGAUGAUCCAAGCCGAUGGAUGCAAGUUGCUGGAGCAGCAGGAGCAUCAACUUAGCCAGCUCAUCGAGGAAAACCCCGCAGUGGCCAAGCAGCUCAUCCUCCUGAAUGUCAGAAGCAAGAAACGUGCACGUGAGUGA